AUGGCACGUCAAAUAUUUCACGAUGCCGGCACUCGAUGGGAAGGUGACAAUGCUCAUCUCCAGAUCAGUAUCGCAGAUGUUGUGGAAGAAUGGCCAGUAUUUGCAUCUGCCGCCGCAGACGGCACAAUCCCGCCAUGCCCCAUCGUCAUACCCGAGCAAGAAGCGCAGAGGAGAGUAGAUAUGCGGAAAUCCCUGCGGGAAAACAACGCGUUUAGGAAAGAAUGGUGGGAACUAUUGGGUAUAUCCCAAAGUGGAUACACGUCGCACGAAGGCUUUGACUACGCGAAAGAAAAAGCAAGGAUGGCCAAGGAAUGCAUGGUAGACGGGCUGAAGGACGACCCGGAGGAAUUGAAGAGAGCCCUACUUGAUUGGCCUUUCGAUGACUAUGACGAGAAUGAGUGAGGUUGAUGUUCAGUCACCCUUCAUGUAUGCUAUGUAGCAGGUGA